AGGGAAGAGAAAGAAUCAGCGAGUUCUGAAACUUGGUCACAUCCCAUUCUGUCCCGUCCGGCUCUUUCUCACAUGUGAGCACGAGGUACUCUCUCUUUGGUAAUUAAAACAUUCGAGCUGCUGCUUCUUCUUCUUCUUGGGUAGAAUCUGUUAUUUUUUAGCGUUAUAAUCAGAUAGAUGGACCUAGCAACCGCAACAGCAACAGCGGCCGUAGCAGUAGUAGCAGCUUCCACCAGCGUGAUCUAACAAAGAGGAUAUUUACUAACUGGAAUAGAGGAUAUCAGUGUUUCAUACCAGGCUGAUUUGCCUUUCUGAAAGAUAGCAAUAGCGAAAGAUAAGAAUGAAGCCGCUUUUAAGAAUAAGGCAUUAUUUACCUAAAGUUUUAUGUAGGCAACAUCUUCGUUUAUAUGUAGUAGGGCUUAAUGCAAGUAACUCAAAUAUGUCAUUAAGAAAUUUUGGUCAAGCUGCAAGGAAACAGGAGGAAGAGGACGUUGAGGAGGUGGAGAUUGACCAACGAAAUCUCCCUGCUGAUUUUGAUCCCACAACAUUUGAUCCUAUGGAGCAUCGUGGCCCUCCAUCUGAGAGAGUUUUCAGGCUUGUUGAUGAAAUGGCAUCUCUUACGGUAGCUGAAGCAGCUGAACUGGGUCACAUUAUGAUGAAGAAAAUGGGGAUGAAGGAGCUUCCUACUGUUGGAUUCUUGAAGCCAGGAGCUGCAAAUAUAGCUGGACUCACAGCGACGAAAGCUGCACCAGCAGAAGCCGAGGAGGAGAAAAAGCCAGAAAAGACUGUAUUCGAAUUGAAAUUAGAGUCCUAUGAAGCAGCCUCCAAGAUUAAAGUCAUCAAGGAGAUUCGGGGCUUUACUGAUUUAGGUUUGAAGGAGGCAAAGGAUUUAGUGGAGAAAACACCCUCUAUUAUAAAGAAAGGUGUUUCAAAGGAAGAAGGAGAACAAAUAAUAGAGAAAAUGAAAGCUCUUGGUGCAAAGGUUAUUAUGGAAUGAAGGUAACAUGAUGUAUGUUGUUGCUCUCUUGGGAAGAAGUUAAUUCCAUUGUUUAUCAUUUUUGACAAAUUAUCUGAAAUUUUGAAAAUUUCAUGUUGUUGUUCUAGGUAGGAUACGAUAAAUUUUGCUAGUGGUUUGUUAUUUUUACUAAUCUUUUGUAGCUUAAUCUGGAACUUGAUUUGUUGUUCUAUAUAACA